AUGGCGCUCAUCAACGUAUCUGCUAUCAAUGCAACGAUGCGAGCUGUUGUCUGGCAAGGAGAUGCAUAUAACGUUGCUGUGGUGGACCUGCCAAAGCCUACUAUCAUAAACCAGACAGAUGUCAUUGUUCGCAUGUCUAGAGCCGCUAUUUGCGGAUCCGACCUACACAUUUAUCGAGGAACACACCAUGGACAGCCGGCUCCGUUCGGGCUGGGACACGAAGGGUUUGGCUACGUAUCUGAGGUGGGAGCUGGUGUUGACUCACUCAAGAUUGGGGAUCCAGUGAUCGUCCCUUUCACCGUUGACGAAGGGCAUCUGCACACCGAACUCACCACACAGAUGUACGGCGGGUACGGGAAUGGAGGCAGCCUCGGCGGCACGCAAGCCGAAUAUUUGCGUGUGCCGUUCGGAGACAAUGGCCUCAUCCCAGUUCCAACACUCGAAUACACCGACCCAAGCACCAAUGAUUCCGCUUCACUACUCAACGAUUAUGUUAUGCUAUCCGACAUCUUUGGCACUGGUUGGGAGUCUUUGGACUACGCCGGAUUCGACGCGGGAGACACGGUCGCUGUAUUUGGAGCUGGGCCUGUUGGACUGAUGGCUGCAUACUCGGCCAUCUUGCGAGGUGCAUCUACUGUCUACAGUGUGGACUACGUUCCAGAGCGACUGCAACUUGCCGAAUCCAUUGGAGCUAUACCGAUCAAUUUCCAGGACGCAGACCCUGUGGAACAGAUACUAGCCCUGGAACCGAAUGGAGUUACUCGGAGCAUCGACGCAGUUGGAUAUGAGCAGGUGAAUAGAAACCUGACCGUACAAUCGGACGUUAUCAUCCGUAAUAUGCUGGCUGUCACAUCGACCGGAGGGGGGAUGGGCACAGUCGGAGUUUACUCGCAUGAAUCCAAUAAUACCUCAAGUGCACCUCGUGCCUCGACCGUCCAUACUCACGUCGAUUUCCCACUCGCGGCAUUCUUCUACGGACAGUUCACUUGGGGUGCUGGACCAUCGAAGCCAAUUGAACUUGCGCCUCAGCUUCUGCAUCUAGUCACCUCCGGCAAAGCGAGACCUGGGUUCAUAGUGAGCGAUGUCAUCAACAUUGAGGACGCUCCGGAGGCAUACGCCAGGUUUGAGAGACAUAAUACCACCAAGGUCAUCAUCGCUUUUGACUAG